CCAGGUUGCCCAUGCUUAUUACCCGGCUUCUCUCCCCAUCCGCCGCGCGGUUGACCGAGGCCGGCUGCGACGAGCUACGGCGACGUCUUCCUUCAUUUCGACAAAUUGCUGCCGUGCAUCGCCAUGGUGCGUAACAGCGCGUGGUUGCAACGAGCGUCCGCGGGUUCGGCUGGCCCAGCCAAGCUCGCCGAAUCGCAACUCGAGGACGGCAAACUCGAGGGCGCGGCCGACGCGGCGAGAGGCGACCCUGCUCUGGGCGAGGUGUGGGCCCUGCACAAGGCCGCGCGGGACCGCGUAGCAGAGGUUGGUGCGCCCGCCCGCAUCCAUUCUACCACCUCAAGGAGCGCGCCUUGCAACGAGACAAUCUCCCGCGGGACGCGUCUAGGCCGUCAAGGGGACCUAGGGAGGGAAAGGGAGGGAACAGAAAAAAAAAGGGGGGGAGGGGCGAGGGGUGAACAUCGACGGGCCGCAUCGUCAACGCUGUCUGUCUCGCAGUGGCACUGCAGUCCUGCUACGGUGACACGCGCUGGCUGUUCGCGCCUAUACACAUCCGGCCCUGGAAACUGGGCCGUGACGCGACAGAUCCACGAGCGCUGGAUGAUCUCGAGACCUCGAAGUGGCCAAGCAGCUUAUGACCGAGCCUCACAUCGGGGGGGAUAUAUAGCCUACCCUGCGGGCCAUUGCGCCGCCAAGUCCCUGGGCGACGGCGAAGGCAAACGGCCAGCCCCGCCGUGUGAUUCUUCGCUGCCGUCGCUUAGGACAGGUACGAAGUCCGAGCAAGGCUCGCGGCGAGCUCGCUCUGGCCUAUAGGUAUGGGGCACGAGCUGCAGGAAUCUGCCGGCCAUACCAUGGCCGUUACCAUCACGGUAGCUUAGCUACAUCCCAUAUCUAGGUGUGAGAGGGGGAUUCCGGCGGCUGGUGGGGGGAUAGGCUGCUUACGCUCGUCGUCUCGUCCAGAUAUAGGUCUUGCACAUGUGUAUCAACGGUUCGAGCUAUGCUUCCCCUUUGGU